AUGUCAACGUUUCAACUGUACCAAUCAAUAAAGAAGCUCGACAAAUGGGUGCCUCACGAAUUGAAUAAACGCCAGUGCGAAAUACGCGUCGAGACCUGCCUUGCACUGCUCAACAGACACACAAAUGAAGGCGUAUGGAAUCGCAUUGUUACUUGGGACGAAAAAUGGAUUCUAUUCGAUAAUCGCAAGCGCUCAGUUCGUUGGUUAGAUCCUGGUGUAGUACCUAAACAAUGCCCUAAACGAAAAAUGACCCCUAAGAAAGUGAUGGUAACUGUUUGGUGGUCUAGUGCCGGUGUAAUUCAUCACAGCUUCUUACCAAACGGCAUGAGCAUUACUGCAGAUGUGUACUGUGAAGAAAUAAACACAAUAAUGGGAAAGCUCGCACGUCUCCAGCCAGCUUUGGUCAGUCGCUCGGCUCCGCUGCUCCUGCACGACAACGCGCGACCUCAUACUUCACAGCAGACGGUCUCCAAGUGCCAAGAGCUGGGGUUGGAAGUUCUCCGUCAUCCACCGUACUCAAAAGAUCUUGCCUUUAAAGACUUCCAUUUUUUCUAGAAUUUGGAUUACUUUUUGGCGGGAAAAAAAUUCAAUACCCGAGAGGCAGUACAAAAUGCCUUUGAAGAGUUUGUUGCCUCCCGUCCAGCAGAGUUUUUCAAGAAAGGCAUCAAUAAGUUACCACUACGUUGGCAAAAAUGCAUUGAUUCCAUGGGUGAUUUUUGAAUACUAAACUUUGAAUAAUAAAAAUAAAAAAUAUA